UCCCGGGGAAGGGCGAUUUUUGAGAAUAUAUAAGACGCCAGCAUUACAUCCCUCUGGUGAUAUCGAAGCACUCAAAACUCAAACCUCGAGUUCCCUUCUUUUGCCUUCCUGAUUUACUAUCGUAGUUAUCCCUCUGCAAUCAUGAAGAGUCGGGUCAUUCUUGCUCUUGCAGCGGCGUUGGCCACUACGCAUGCUCAGGUCCCCGUUUAUGGCCAAUGUGGUGGAAUUAACUACAGCGGAUCUACGACUUGUGCGUCUGGUUCUACCUGCACGAAGUCCAACGAUUAUUAUUCGCAGUGCCUUCCCAACUCGAGCGGCGGAAACAACGGCGGAGCUGGCACGACUCUAACGACCGUAGCUGUACCUACAUCUACUCAACCUCCUGCCGAAGCUUCUGGAAACCCAAUGGCGGGAAAGAGCUUCUAUGCCAAUCCAUACUAUGCUUCUGAGAUCUCGAGCUCUGCAGCACCCACCCUCUCAGCCAAGGGGAGUGCUACAUGGGCAGCAAAAGCAACCGAAGUCGCCAAGAUCGGUACCUUCGUUUGGCUGGAUACCCGUGCGAAAGUCCCAUCUAUUGAGACUUACGCCAAAGAUGUCCAGAAGCAGAAUGCAGCUGGUGCCAACUUGAUGCUUCCUUUGGUCGUGUAUGAUCUUCCAGAAAGAGAUUGCUCUGCCCUUGCCUCAAACGGUGAAUUGUCGCUCGCAAACAACGGCGCCACUCUUUACCAAGGCUACAUCGACUCUAUCGCUGCACAAAUCAAGGCUUUCCCAGACGUUUUCUUUGUGCUCGUAAUUGAGCCAGACAGCUUAGCCAAUCUCGUCACCAACUUGAAUGUUCAAAAGUGUGCAAAUGCAGAGUCGGCAUACAAGACACUCACUGUAUAUGCAUUGAAGACGCUCAACUUGAAGAACGUUGUCAUGUACAUGGAUGCUGGUCAUGCUGGAUGGCUUGGUUGGCCGGCGAACAUCGACCCUGCUGCUAAGCUUUUCGCUCAGAUAUAUUCUGACGCAGGAAAGCCGGCAGCUGUCCGAGGCUUAGCGACGAACGUGGCUAAUUAUAACGCUUGGUCGAUCUCCACAUGCCCCUCAUACACACAAGGAAACCAGGUUUGCGACGAAAAGUCAUAUAUCAACAAAUUCGCUCCGUUGUUGCAGGCUCAAGGGUUUCCAGCCCACUUCAUCAUGGAUACCUCUCGCAACGGCGUUCAACCAACCAAACAACAAGCAUGGGGAGACUGGUGCAACGUCAUUGGUACUGGUUUCGGAAUCCGCCCUACGACAGUCACGCCUGAUCCACUUCUCGAUGCCUUUGUUUGGGUCAAGCCGGGCGGCGAGUGCGAUGGAACAAGCAAUUCCAGUGCCGUCCGCUACGACGCCCAUUGCGGUUACGCCGACGCUCUGCAACCCGCGCCAGAGGCUGGCACGUGGUUUGAGGCAUACUUCGAGCAGCUGCUUGUCAAUGCCAACCCAAAAUUCUAGGCCGACCCCGUUAAGAUCCGAUCUAAGACUGCGUCGAACUGUUCGGUACCGGCUACUAGACUGCGGAUUUUUAGUUUUUCUUGCACAUAUUU